CUCACUGUAAAACAUGAUAAUGUGAUAACAUUCUUGUUGUUUAUACUUUCCAAAACAUUGUUUUGCUCAAUCUAUCAAUAAAUUGGUAAAUUUUUAUUUGAAAUUAUUGUUAAUAUAUCAACAUGACUCAAUCUGUGUGUUGCAAAUCUUUAGCUCUAUUGUCUAGGAGAAUGCGGACUGUUUACAAUGUGCCGACUAGACAUUUGGCUUGGUUUAAGUCUAAAUCAUCUGAAACCAAUAAAGCUUUAUCAACUAGAAUACAAGUUGUUUUUGCUCCUGAGAUAUUACCAGACGAAUCUAGUGAUAAUUCUGCAUUAAUUUUACCCAAGGGUGAAUUAGAAACGAUACCAUUUAAUGAUAUAACUCCAAUUCAAUCUCUUCGCGCAUUUAUUAAAAAUGUCACACUCUUUGAUACUGCUCUUGAAAGGCUUUAUAACGAAUCUGAUAAACUCACAUCUCAACAAAUAUUCGAGGAAAUCGAUUUUCACCUCGCCUCAUUGAAGUACAGUCUCAAUCUUGCUCAUGUUUUGACUUACGCUUACCCGUCCGAUUACAAGUUUGGUGUCCUCGAUGAUAUGUAUAAUUCAUUCUUGAAGCACGAAGUAUCUCGAUUUAAUCCCUUAUCAUACCAAUCAGCCUGUGACAUAAUAGAAACAACAAGAGGGAGCACAAGUGAUAACGAUUUAAAGCAGCUUGCCCAACAUUAUCGAGCCCAUGGAAAACUUUAUGGACUUCAUUUGCGUCCUUCAGUGCAAGAAGAGGUAGCUGAUAAUUAUAGGAAUAUUAAAAAACAUGUAGAUAGCUAUAUUCGCAACGUUAAAAUGUGUAUAAAUCGUGAAGCAGUUUUAGUAUCGGACGAAAAUGUGAUCAAAGCAUUACCUGACAAUUUUGCGGCUAACUCAUUUACGAAAGUAGGUAUCAAAGUACCAUUGCAUCCUACUGCUUACGAUAUUUUCAUGACACAUUGUCCUGAUAAAAUGCUGAGACGCCAAUUUUGGGCAGCAUAUAAUUCGAAGCCUCGAAUGGGAGGAUCAGUAAACAACUCAGUCGAUUUUGAAAAUAUCCGAGAUUAUCGUCAUAAAUUGGCAAACACUUUAGGUCACUAUAAUUAUGCUGAGAUGAUAGUCGGGCGUAAAAUGGCUGGUUCUGUGGCAGUAGCUAAAAAUAUGAUUGACUCCAUACACGAAAAGAUAAAGCCCAAGUAUAAUGAAGAUUUGCAAGAACUGAAUGAUUCCAAAAGUCAUAAAAGUAUUGGUAAAGUGGAACUAUGGGAUUUAAAAUACCUCAAAGCAAUUACACAGAAAGCAAAAUUUGGUGGCAAAAUCGAUGUUUCGCGUUAUUUCCCAAUGGAAAAAGCUGUUUCUGGUGCUUUCAAGUUAGUUGAAAACCUCCUUGGACUACACAUUGAGCAAGUUCAAUCAGACAAAGUUCAAACUUGGAGUCCGGAUGUCAAAUUUUAUCGCUUACUUGAUUCGGAUGGUCAAGUACUUGGCCAUUUCUACCUAGAUCCUUACAACCAAAAAUCAAAUAAUCAAUUUGGUUCCAAUAUAAUUGAAUUAACAAACAGAACUAAAACAUUAGGCACUACUCCACUUUGUGCAGCAUUUUUAUCCAAAAAGCCACCAAUUGUAAAGGAACAACAAAUUCUAUUGUCAUAUCCUGAAUUUCUCAGUUUCUUAUCAAUGAUUGGUCGUAUCAUUACCAUACUGAUAUCAAGACAAAAUUAUUAUGAACUUUCAUCAAUUUAUUAUGUUUCUAAAGAUCGUUUAGACUCGUUAGGACUGGUAUUGUUAUUAUAUGGUCUUCAUAAUUAUAAAGCUGUACAAUUAUGCAGUGCAAAUAUUACGAAUGGUGAACCAUUACCCGAGCAAACGCAUCAACUUCUCAGACAGUAUAUUUUAGAUCAUGAAAGCAUUGGACUUACAGAGGAUUUAUUCUUAUCAUCAUUGGAUCUGGCUUUCUAUACAAACACAGAAUUUUGGGGAGACAUUUUACAAGAAAUAUGGCCAAGGUACAUGGCUCCGUUUGAUUUGAUUAAAGAAUAUGCUUAUCCAUUAUCUUGCAUUGAAAUGGUUUCAAACGAUGGUGCUGCAUGUCAUUACUCUAAAAUUUGGUCUCAGAUGAUUGCCUCUGAUAUUUGUUCAAGGUUUUUGGAGUGUGGUUCCGAGGCUGAAACAAAAGAAGUCGGUAAAAAUCUCAGAAACACUUUUCUCUCAUCAAACUCAUCUUCAUUAAGUGCUGAUCUGUUUCGACAAUUCCGUGGCCGAGAUCCCUCAUUUCAACCACUUUUAGACUUAUAUAAUUUAUCAACUCAACCUAAACUAGCCUAGUCAAACGUUAACAAAUUGCGUGGAAUCACUACUUGUACAGCUUAGUUACCAAUAUUGACGGUAAUAUCUUAAAGAGAUUUGAUUUUUUCUGCAAGAAAUUGGUAAACAUUGGUAUUUUUUGUUAGUCAUUGUUAUCCAAUUUUUACAUUUCCUAGUAAUAGCAAAUAUUAAUAUUGGUAAUUGUCCCACAGUUACAGGUUUUAUUGUAACCUGUGUAAAUUAUUGUAUUUCUUAAAUUCUUCCGGAAUUCGAUUGAAAUCAAAUCAGCUUUUCUAAAUUUGUCGAUAUGUUAAAAUGUUUUUGAGCGUCUCAAGACCAACCAUCUUUAAACUACAAUGAAAUGGUUUUCUCAGCUCAACCAUGAGCUUGAUAGCUUCAAAUAUAAAUAAACGCUUUAACGAUCAUGAUGCCAGAAA